ACGUCGGUUGAAGUUUAUAGUGCGCAUGUGAAAGGUAAGCGCUUUCAGAAUGAAAUCAAACUAAAAUAAUUGAACCUGAAUCAUGAUUAGAAGAAAAAGUAGCUCGAGCAGCGCGAAAAGCAUCAAAACACGCCGUAGCAGCAGUGUCGGAUUUGAUGAGUUUGGCUUUGCUCUCAGCAAGAAAAGAGACAAGAAAAUUCAACACCGAUAUAAUGAUUACAGCUACCCUCAGCCUAAUCCAAUUAAAGUGAAGGAAUUAUGUGAAUUUCUGAGCUAUUGGAAUGGAUCCAGUUUCAUCUGCAGAAAUCAGAUUGAGAGGUUUAUUCGUAUUGGGAUUCCUCCGGCAAUACGUGGGCGAGUGUGGAAAUGCCUCCUAAAUAUUGACAGUCUCCGAGUUGGGAGCUCUUUCGAUUAUGAGGUGUGUCAAGCCGAGAUCCGUAGACCUCUGGUUGAUCUUGGAGUCAGCGAGUACAGUAUCAUCUCUACUAUAGACUCUCUAGUGGACACAGAGAAUGAAAUCAGCAGCGGACAAGCAUCAGGCCUCCCUAACACUGACCUCACACUCUUUAAACAGAUCGCCCUCGACCUACAAAGGUCUUUUCCUACUCAUCGCACCCUAAUGGGGCAACGUCCUGAAGCUAUUGAGGGCCAGGCCAAACUUUUCAGAGUUCUCACUGCAUAUGCCAGAUAUAAUCCCCAGAUUGGAUAUGUACAAGGGAUGUCCUACAUUGCUGCUGUGCUCCUGAUGAUCCUCUCUGAAGAAGAGGCUUUCUGGGCUCUGGUGGCUCUGUUAGAGAAGCCCAAGUAUCUUUCAGAGCUCUUUGAUUCCUCUAUGAAGAAGAUUCAGCAUCAGGCCUUGGUUUUUCACCAGCUCCUUAAACACAAAAAACCUCUGCUUUUCCAGCACUUGGAUAAUCUUGGGGUAUCUUCUCUGCAUUUUAUCAUGCAGUGGUUCCUCACUCUCUUCACCUCUCUGCCAUGCUGGGACUCUGUGUUGGCUGUCUGGGAUCUUAUCAUGCUGCAUGGGCUGCAGGCUGUGUUUCGCACAGGCCUCACCAUCGUCCUGCUGCUGGAGUCUCGUAUCAUGAACAUGAGUGAGGAGGCCACAGUGCUGCCUGUUCUGCUGCGAGUGCCUGUGGACAUCUCUCAACAUCGUGUCCUGAUCCCAGCAUUGUGGAACACUGAAGUUCAGGAAUGGGAAAUAAAUUGCAUGAACUGCCUGGUUUUGGAGGAGACCAGCGGCGGACAGGACACAGCAGCAGAGAAGAUUCAAAAUGAAAGUGGAAAGAGUCAGUCCAGUUCCUUCAGCGCCAGACAAAAAGAUGAGAAACCUCGACUGAAAGUUGCCCAGAACACUUCUAAGACAGAGGCUGCAGGCUUGAACAGUAAGAAUGUUUUCACACGACUGCUGAAGGUGGCUCAGAAUUACCUUUUGGAAACAGGCAAGCGCAGUGCAGCUGCAAAGUCUUCACCUGCCAAGAAAAGCCUUGCCCCCUCCCGCCUCCCCAAAACUAGAAUCUCCACCUCCCUCACUCAGGUUCGAGCCAGGAGGAGCAGCAGCAGGCGUUCCCAGAAUUCAACUCUGGGUGGCGUCAAGAAGGAGCGAUUCCCUUCUCAAGAUUCAAAUGGAGGAUCCACUGAAGAAAGUUCUCAGUCUUCGGCCGGGCGGCUGAGGUCAGGGCCUGUGGGCAGAGUAGCCUUCCGAAAGAGUCGAGGUCAGUCUGGACGAAGAAAUUCCCUUCUAGUGAAAAAACAGAACUCUAGAUCUCAGCAACCACCAGCUCAAACAUUCUUGCAACCAGAGAAAAGCAAGAACAAUGAUGAUUGUCAAGAAACCCAAACCAGGAAUGUUUCUACCCGGUGUCCACCUCUGACUGAGAGAAACUACAUCGCAUGCCCAAUGACAGCAAAUCAAGUGCAGGAAUCACAGCUAAUCUGAGUCAACUACAAGAUUCAUCAUGGAACAUAAAAUGCUGACCUCAUCUCUUACCUCAAUGAUUGUGAUGAAAACCCUACCUGGCUCCUGCCUUAAUGUCAUUGUUUACUAAUAACUUGACAGCACUCUUGACUAUAACAUAAUGACUGCAUGUUGGUUAUAUGCACUACCGACUGAAUGUCUAAAUCAAUGAAUGUCCUAUUUGUAGUUUUAUGGCUCUUCUAUAAUUGUGGGGAUGUCCAUGUUUUAAUGUAGCAUUUAUAUUCA